AAUCCCCUCUCAUCCAUCAGCUCUACCAAGAAAAAACCAGAGCUUUGUUCUUUUUUCUCAUCCCAAUCUCUUCUCCUCUUCACUCAUUCCUCGUAUUGAAAUGGGAAGAAAGUUCUUCAUCGGAGGCAACUGGAAAUGCAAUGGAACUACUGAAGAAGUGAAGAAAAUCGUAUCCAUGUUGAAUGAUGGCAAAGUACCCUCGGCAGACACAGUGGAGGUUGUGGUAAGCCCUCCCUAUGUCUUUCUUACCUUGGUGAAAAGUUCUCUGCGGCCUGAUUUCCAUGUGGCCGCCCAAAAUUGUUGGGUGAAGAAAGGAGGUGCUUUCACUGGAGAGGUUAGUGCAGAGAUGCUUGUCAAUUUGGGAAUUCCUUGGGUCAUUCUUGGCCAUUCUGAAAGAAGGCUUCUGUUGAAUGAAGCAAACGAGUUUGUUGGAGAUAAAGUUGCAUAUGCGCUUUCUCAAGGUUUGAAGGUGAUUGCCUGUAUCGGCGAGACUCUUGAGCAGCGAGAAUCAGGUUCCACUGUGGAAGUAGUUGCUGCACAAACAAAAGCAAUUGCAGAACGGGUAUCAAAUUGGGCGGAUGUUGUUUUGGCUUACGAGCCUGUUUGGGCCAUUGGAACUGGCAAGGUUGCAACUCCCGCUCAGGCACAGGAAGUGCAUUUUGAGCUAAGGAAAUGGCUUAAAGAGAAUGUUAGUGCUGAAGUUGCAGCAACAACGAGAAUUAUAUAUGGAGGUUCUGUAAAUGGCGGGAACUGCAAGGAAUUGGCGGCACAGCCCGACGUCGAUGGAUUUCUUGUGGGAGGAGCUUCUCUUAAGCCUGAAUUUGUGGACAUCAUCAAUUCCGCCACGGUGAAGAAAUCUGCUUAAGAGUAAAAGAUCUUGAAGUUUUUGAAGAAACCCAGUUUCUGUAUAAUUUUCUAACUCUUGAGAAAUUACUGGCUUUAUAUUGCGGUGCCUGGAACUUUGGAAUAGGCCGAGUAUAAUAAACUAGCAACUCCUUUCUUUUGAGUAUAAUAAUAGCUGUUAUGCCUGUUUCUUCA